ACGUUUUUACUUUGAUCUCAUCUCUUUUUGAGCAAUAACCGUAGAGAAAAGGGGUUCUUCUUUUUCUUUCGUUGAUUGUUGAAGAUAAGAAUGGGGAUCGGAGACAAACACCAUGUGAAUUUUCACCUUCAUCAUCAUGAGAGGAAGGAGGUGAAAGAUAUUCCGAAAGGGUGUGUGGCGAUCAUGGUGGGUCAAGGGGAGGAGCAGCAGCGGUUCGUGAUCCCAGUGAUUCACGUCAACCACCCGCUCUUCAUGCAGCUGCUCAAGGUUGCCGAGGAAGAGUAUGGAUUCGAUCAGAAAGGACUCAUCACCAUUCCUUGCCAUGUGGAGGAGUUUCGCAAUGUUCAAGGCAUGAUCGAUAGAGAUCGUCACCACCACCACCACCACGUCUGGUGUUUUAGGGUUUGAGGAAAAGUAUCCGUGGA